CACGAAAAAUUUGCGGUAGAAUAUUUUAUAGCAAAAUCGUGAUUUAACCGUAGUUCAAUCAUUGGUAUUUUUAAAAUGCCAUCUAUCAAUUUAGCCACCGAUACUAGUAAUUUGUGGUUAAAUUACCGGUACGGUUUUAUAUGCAUCAUAAAAACACUCUACAAUCAAGAUCAAGAAAAUAAUGAGUUUGAGUAGUCAACAGUUUGUUAAUUAUACAAUAUCGAAAUUGUGAAUCUCAUAAUUUGGUCCGACCGUAACGGACAAUUGCACACUCUACCUGCAAAUAAUCGAAAAAUCACAAAUCCACAUAUCCCUUUGUUCCCUUGCCAGUAGGGGUGUCAGUUCGGGUCAGGUUCGGUUACCCAAACCGAAACCCAAAAAAAUUCGGAAACCGGAAACCGAAAUAACUGGAAACCGAACCCGAACUCGAUAAGGACUUUCGGUUUCCGGUCACCCGAAAUUCGAAAAUUUCUUUUAGGAUUCGGUUAAAGCAAAACCGAAACCCGAAAACCCGAAUGCCAACAAAUAUGGGCUGAGUUCUAUUCCUUGGAGGUUUUCAGACCUAAUCCGAAAAUUCGAUAAGCAAAAUCAAACCCAAAACAAACCAAACCCAAAAAUUAAAAAAUAUAUCUAAUCGGAUCGGUUUCAGAACCCGAAAAACCGAACCCAAAUGUACACCCCUACCUGCGAGUUUACACCCAAAAACGUCGAAGCCGUCGCGAUAAGGAUCAACAGUAUAAUUUAUAGCUGAAAAGUAAAACUGCACCCCCCAUUCAAAAUUUCAUGCCCAUAGAGUGAUUUUAGGAAGCUGAUGUGGCAGAGUGUUAAGCGGGGAAAAAAAGGAGUCCCGCCUGAUUUCAGAACAAAAAAACUCUCCACUACCCACUUUUUUCUCCUUCCACGCCCACGUUCUCAUUUAAUUUGUAUUAAUUUGUAUUUUUUAUUUCCGAUUUCCCUUCCUUCCACUCUUUCCCUUCAUUCCGUUUUCUUUAUUCUCUCUUACCUUCCUUGCUUCAUUCUCUUGAUUGGAUUCUCUAGAGAUCAAAAGGGGAUUUUUUAUUUUUCCCUUUCUCUUGAAAGUAACAAAGCUGCUUACUUUAAAUUCCACUUCGCUUAGACUGUCUUCCAGAGAGCAGCCGACUGCCGAUUUUGAGCUGAGUUUUUCCGGGCGGCAGAGAAAGAAGAGGAAAGAAAGAGACGUUCGACGGCGGCAGGCGGACGAGAAUUUUGGUGACGAGAUCUUGGGGAAGGUGAUCGGACAUUGUGGUGCCAAGAGAAUCGGCUUGGAAAAGGGGAAACACGAACACUUUUUUGAGUCUUGAUAGAGACGAGUGGCCAAAAAAUAAGGUCUGCAAGUUCGGUUGAUCUCUCUAAUGGGAACAGGGGAAGGCUUUAAAGAGUUUUAGUAAUUGCAAGUUUGAUCACUCAGCUCAAAAUCGGUGAAAUAAACAUAUAUUUGUGUUGGCCAUUACAUUGUUGUCCUUCUCGCUCUUCCUUUGCAUCCCCAAGCUUGGAAGCCAUUCUGUUAUAUGUGUUUUGUUCAUCAAUUUAAAUUAUGCCUUAUAUAGUUAUAUUUUUCUUCGACUGUUAUGUUUGUGUGGUGUGUUGUAUGUGUCAUUAACUCGCACAAACUUAUAAUUGGUGAGGAGUUCAACUUCUGUUGUAACAAUUAAUUAAUUUAUAUGAAUGGCAGCUGCAAAAUUUACUGGAACGGGUGCAUCAUUUACCACGACCUCUAUUUCAGAUUGCAUCAGGUUAUUGGAGAAUUUAAUAUGGAUAGUGCAAAUGUCAUCCCAUCUGCCCAACCACAGAUUUAUCGAUUGUCUGUACCAUGUGAGUGUCAUGGUUUAGCACGCAACUGCUUCAAUGCAAACUGACAUUAAUAUUUUCCCUUGAAUCUCAUUUGUUUAGGGAAACGUCGAGCAGUGUUUAUUUAUCCUGAAGAUCAGUACCAACGCUGUGUUUUAUCUCCUGAAGAGGAAGAAGCAUUUGAGAGAGGUGUGUUAUCUGUGUUUUAAUUUUUCUAAUUAGUUCAUCUAUUCAAUGAGUAAUACAUGGUUUUAUAUUUAAAUUUUGCAGAAGAAGCUGCCUUACAAUUCCAACUCUCUCAACUUCGGCGAAUACUAUCCCAAGUCGCCCGUAAGAGAAGACAUCAUAUUUUGAAACAGAAGGUUCAUAGGAGGGGCUUGCCUUUUGAACACCAAGGUUGUUGUUUGCUAAAUUUUGUAGCAAGUCUUACAAAUUAGGCUAUUCUAGAUUGUUGAAUCUUUAUUUAUUUCUUUAAUAUCGUAUGUGUUUUGGUGUUGUUCAUAGUUUUGGAGCCGGAGUUUAGAUUUCUAUUACAAAAGCAAAGUCGAUUACUUCGACGUAUUCAUCUGCAUAGAAAGAGACGUGGCCGAAGUUUCUUUCCUACAGAAGUCAAUCAAAGUAUGUGGAUUCUAAUGGCCACUAUUAUACAUGAAAUGGUUCAUCUCUAUUUUGAUUUAGUUUUUGUACAUUGGAUAUAUGUUUUUGUGUUCUGGUCAACAUAUUUUGUUUCCUAUUUUGGUUUUAGAACAUAUAAUGUACCCAUUUAUGCCAUGCAUAUAAUUUAGUGAUGUACGCUUCAUGUCACCUUAUGCAAAUAGUGGAUUGUUUUUAGAUGUUGAUGUGUCAACGGCAAAUUUGUGUGUUAUGAACAAACUUUGGUGUUUCCUGAAAUUUCACUUAUUCUUACUUAAAAUGAGCGGUAUACCAAUCUAUCUUGCCUUGAGAACAUUUAUUUUAAUAAUUGUGUUUACUGUAGCGCGCCUAAAUCGGCUUCACAGUUUCUCAAUCUCAUUCAAUUUAUGAAUUACUGUGACAAAAAUUUAUUAAUAUUACUUAUCUAUUUCACUAGGUCUUCCGUUGGUUGAAUUUUUUGAUAUUGGUCCACCUUCAUGUACGUGUCAACAUUGUGGAGCAGUUAUGUGGCGAUUCGAGAGUACUUUAUCUACACGGAAUGAUGUGUUGCCUGCAUUUCCUUUAUGUUGCAAACAUGGUAAAGUGAAAUUGCCUCCCCGCAGAGAUGUGCCCGAAUUUCUUAAAACUCUACUUGAAGGGGAUACACCAUUAGCGCGUCACUUUCGUACUAACAUCAGAGCCUAUAAUGGGGUUUUUUGCUUUAUUUCUCUCGGAGGUGAAGUCAAUCACUCUAUUAAUGAUGGUCGUGGAGUUUAUGUAUAUUCAAUCGGUGGUCAGAUUUAUCAUCGAAUAUGAUGUUUGGUUCCUGGUGAUGGGGAUAGUCCGAAAUUUGCACAGCUUUACAUUCACGAUUCAGAUAACGAGGUGCAGAAUCGUAUGGACUUUUACUCCACUGAUCCUGCCAAGAAUCCGUUGCGCCAAUGUAUUGUUGAAGGCCUCCAGCAUAUGUUUGAUGACAAUAAUAUCCUGGUACGUACAUUUCGUUCUGCACGAGAUAGGAUACAAAACUCUGGUGUCCAGGAGCUUCAACUGAAACUAUUGGCUAAGCGUGAAAUUAAUAGUAGAGAAUAUGAUUUUCCCUCUGCGAAUGAGAUUGCAGCAUUGAUUGUAGAUGAAACAGGAGAGCAAUCAUUUUCUCCAGAUAUAAUUGUUCAACAGAAGGGUUCAGAAAUGGAAAGGAUUAGCGUAUACCAUCCAAGUCUGAUGGCAUUACAAUAUCCAAUUUUAUUUCCAUAUGGCGAGGAUGGGUGGCAUCCCUACAUUAGCUAUAGUCACAGUAGCUCUAUAUCAGUGUUGGAGAUAAAAUGAUAACCCAGUGUGAUUUCUAUGCAUAUCGUCUUCAAACCCGUCUCCAGGAGUCGAAUUCUCUGUUAUUAUCUGGUAAAUUGUUUCAACAAUAUAUGGUGAAUGCAUUUGCGUUAAUUGAGGCUGAACGCUUAGACUGGAUGCGUACCCAUCAGUCGAAGCUAAGAGGACACUACUACAAGGAUUUGUUGAAUUCUUAUUUGCGAGGGGAUAGUGAUAUCAAGCUUUCUGGGAAGCCAGUUAUUUUAGCUGCCUCACACACUGGUAGUCCAAGAUACAAGUAUGAGAAUUUUCAGGAUGCGAUGGCUAUUUGCAAGUGGAUUGGUUAUCCUGAUUUGUUUUUAACAUUCACUUGCAAUUCUAACUGGCCAGAGAUACAGUUAAUGGUUGAUUUGAUUAGAAGGUACAGUGGCAAAGAUCCUGACCGGGCUGACAUCACCGCCAGAGUUUUCAAAAUCAAGCUUGAUGAGUUUAUGUUAGAGAUUCGCGAGAAACAAAUAUUUGGGAAAAUCAAUGCAUGUAUGUGUGCUGAUUCAUUCGUUAUUUAUCUAUUAAUGUUCAUCCAUUACUCUCUUACCUCAUUGACCUAAUAUUCCUUUUCCACUAUUUGCAUCUUGCUGUACAGAUGUCAAAGCAAUUGAAUGGCAAAAGCGGGGUCUCCCUCAUGCACACAUAUUGCUUUUUUUGGCCUCGGAGAAUAAAUUCCAUGGUCCUGC